CAUCAUAAGUAGGCACUGAAAAAGAACAAAGAGAAGGCAACAUUAUCGAAAGUGUUCAAAACUCCAUGGCAAGGACAAGCAUCAACUUUCUUUGUGCCAUAGUCUUGUAUGCAAUCGCUCUCGGUUCAUUUGGGUGCUAUGCAGCUCAGUCGAAGAAACUACUGUUUGUGUUUGGAGACUCACUCUUCGAUCCAGGCAACAACCAGUACAUCAAAAAUUCAGCGAAACCCGUAUCAACAUCGUAUCCUUAUGGAAUAGACAUGAACAACAAAUCCACUGGCAGAUUUUCAGAUGGCCUUAUAGUUCCUGAUUACAUCGCCCAAUUUGCAAACCUUUCAGUGGAUCCUCCAUACCUGCAACCAGGAGCAGAUUUAACCAAUGGAGCUAACUUUGCCUCUGCCGCAGGUGGUGUUCUAGACGUCAAUGAUGGAGUGGUAUGCUUCUUAUUAAGUAGGAAACUGUUGUUUUCUUUUGAAUUUUUGAACUACCUUUCAAGAUAA